UGUUGCCUGCUAGGCCGGAUUAAAAGCGAGAAAAGUCUCUUGUUAGGGGAAGUAGUUCGCGAAUGGGGAAAGAAUGUUAGUCUUGUAAACAUUGAUAACCCAAAUAAGCGGCCUACUUCACAUUUAAAUAGUGUCAAUUUUGGAAAAAGUUGUACGUGGCAAGGUUUGGCAAGACUUCGAUCGGUGCUUAAUGUAUUGCGCAAAGGUGCCACUUCGCCAGGUUCUUUGUGUUUAGAUGGUUUGUUUUUGUUGAACAGAGGCUCUCGUGGCGAGGUCCUCUGCAAUGUAUGGGUGCUAGUUAGUCUGAUUUCCUGCGGGAGCCUCGGAAAUCAGCUCGGAGAAACUGGGUUUGGGUGUACGCGUAGUUGAGAAGCAAAAUAUUAAGGGAAAGCGUCUGAAAGGCGAUGGGAAAUUGUCUUAAAUCCCCAACGUCGGAUGAUAUCUCUUUGCUUCAUGAGUCACAGUCAGACAGGGGUAGUUUUGGUGAUGGAACAGAUCCCGACCAAGAACCACCUCCGCCUUACCAGGAGCAGGCCCAUGUGCUUGUGUACCACCCCACGCCCAGCCAGGCACGACUGGCCACUCAGCUGACUGAAGAGGAGCAGGUGCGCAUAGCUCAGCGCAUCGGCCUCAUCCAGCACCUGCCCAAAGGCCUGUACGACCCCGGGCACGACGCCUCCGAGAAGAAGAUCCGAGAGUGUGUGAUCUGCAUGAUGGACUUCGUGUACGGAGAGCCCAUCCGGUUCCUGCCCUGCAUGCACACCUACCACCUGGACUGCAUCGAUGACUGGCUCAUGCGGUCCUUCAUCUGCCCCUCGUGCAUGGAGCCCGUGGACGCCGCACUGCUCUCCACCUACGAGACCAACUGACCACAACCCCAUCAGGCCCAGGGCCCAAAAUACACCAGUCACACACACACACACACGCACACACACAGACACAGAUACAAACACCACACACACACACACACACACACACACACACACACACACAAAUAUUAGUAUAUGCUCACACACACACACACACACACACACACACACACACACAUAGUCACGGAGUGGCAGCCAAUUGCCUGCUGCCACUUCAGACUCCCAUGACGUUCCCAUGAUUCAUCAUCAGCCAUGCAGCUGAGCGAGCAAGUGGUGGUGGUGGUGGUGGUGGUGGUGUGGGAUGGAGAGGGCAGAGCAGCUCCUGUAACUGUGUAGUGAAACCGCUGCUCCACCCGAAGACCCCGACCCCUGCCCACCCCACCCUUAAAGACAAAUGACUCUGCAUGCCUGGGCCUUGGCUCUGUCCAAGGAAGCUUUUGACCCAGCGAAGAGGGAAUGUGUUGUUUGGGAGGUGUGAGUGUGUUUGUCUGUCAGGAAAAACCAAGGAGGAAACAAGUAUGCACAAGUGACCACACUGCUGACGCCGGUCACGUAACCACCCCAUCCACUUACCACUUACGGACAGUCCGGUUUCUAGAAGUUUCCUAUUAUUUACCUUGACUUGUAUCUGUUCCACAGACUUUGAGGCUCAUUUCAAUGAGUUUAGAACCCUUAUUUACUUUUCUUUCGUGAAGCCAAGCAUCUGCUUGGUUAUCUGGCCUAUUCCUAGGUACCAAGAGAACUCCUGUCGUGUGUGUGUGUGUGUGUGUGUGUGUGCCAACAGUUACUGGCAAUGGGCGUGUCUCUUCACACUCAAAAUAUCAAGAUGAAUCAUAGAAAUGAAGACAUUCUAUACGUCUUCCUUCCGUGUCAUUGACAGGAGUCGGGCUUUGGCGUAAUCAUUUGGCUUUAAAAUAUUUGUUAGUCACAAAUGAUAGUUUAUUUGUUUUUGUUUAUUUUGUAGUACUUUCUUCCCCUUAAUUUAAUGCUCCUGUCCCUCUGUCAGACUGAAUCGCUUCGAGUCUGACUAUGCUAAGCUACUUUAGUGCACUUAUCACGGCAUGUCUUACUGAGACCAUGCGACGUAUGGUAAUCUAACAAACACUGGAGUUCCUAAAUCAGUACUUGUCUGGCAGUAAUCAUAGUUCAGUCUUGGUUUCUGUUUUGAGUCACAGUUAUGCAAUAGAACUCACAGUGAGUCAAUUAAUGAUUUGAAAUAUGAGACUGUGCGUGAACAGCUGUUUUCGUUACUCCCUUUUGACUCCAGCUUUCUUGUGGUUUGUUUAGUUUUUUUUUUUUCUUUCUUUCUUUUUUUAACUGCAACUUAAGUGUGCUUGUGUGACAUGUUUUUGUCAUGUUCUGAAUCACAGAAAGCAUCCCAAAUAAUCGAGUUUACGCAAACAAACAAACAGAAAAUAUACAUUGCAAUACAAAUCACUGUAAAAUUGAAAGGACAGUCUCUGGACACAUGGGGUUAACUGUCUUUUGCUGUCGUUGCUGGAAUACAUUUUUGUCCAUCCAGAAGAGUCCCUUGGUGCAAGUCAACAGUAAAACUCUGCCUUCCUAUACGUGUGGAGGAGCGUGUUAGUGUCACAGAGCCACUUAUGUUUGAGUCUGAGCAGUAAGCAGUG